CAUGUCCGUCGUCCUCUCUUUCUCCGCACACAAGAGAGAGAGAGAGAGAAAACCCACAUUUUACUCACAAGAAAAGGAAGAGAAAACCCACAUUGAGCAAAGGGAGGUGCUGGCCGCCGGUGGGGGAGGAAAAUUCGAGCGGAUUCGCGAGGGAGAGGCCCAGGGGAUUCGUGGAGGGGGCUCUGCCUGCGAUGGUGGAGGGGAUGGCUUCGGAGAGGCAGCUGGUGGUGGUCGUCGAGGGCACGGCGGCGCUGGGGCCGUACUGGACCGCCAUUGCGACCGAGUACGUCGAGAAGAUCGUUCGGAGUUUUUGUUCAACUGAACUAUCAGGGCAGAAGCUUGCAGGGGUACCACCUGAGCUUGCAUUAGUUGUCUUCCAUACCCAUGGACCUUACAGUGCCUUUGUUGUACAACGCAGCGGUUGGACAAAAGAUAUGGAUGCUUUUCUUUCAUGGUUAUCAGGAAUAUCAUUUAGUGGUGGAGGCUUCAGUGGAGCUGCUAUUUGUGAAGGUCUUGCUGAAGCACUGAUGAUACUCCAAGGCAGUCCUAGCAACAGCCAGAAUCAUCAAAAUCGUGAACUUCAAAAGCAUUGCCUACUUGUUGCUGCAAGUAAUCCUUACCCGCUGCCUACACCUGUCUAUCGCCCUUCUGUUCAAAGUAGUGAUCACAAAAAGAGCAAUGAAGCAACAAAGGAAUCAUGUCUUGCUGAUGCUGAGGCUGUUGCAGUCUCAUUUGCUCAGUGCUCUGUAUCGUUGUCGGUGGUAUCUCCUAAACAGCUACCAACACUGAAGGCAAUAUACAAUGCGGGAAAGAGGAAUCCUCAAGCUUCUGAUCCAUCAGUUGAUCAUGCCAAAACCCCACAUUUUCUUGUUUUGCUGUCUGAGAGUUUCAUGGAGGCUCGAACCGCCCUAAGCCAUCCUUUACCUGGGAACCUUGUCCCAAACCACACCAUUACAAAAAUGGAUACCGCACCUGCAACUACUGUGCCAGGACCACCUUCGAAUGCCAGUCCCUCAGUGAAUGGAACGAUGAUGGGACGUCAACCGACUGCAAAUGUUAAAGUGGAGCCGACAACUAUACCACCAAUGGUUUCUCAACCUGCAUUCUCUCAUAUGACACCUAUUUCAAAUGUUGCUUCUCAAGGAAUAUCAGCAAUGCAAACUUCUUCACCAUUGAUUAUUUCACAAGAAACAAAUGUUGCAAAUGAAAUAUUGCAAGAGCAUAAACCUUUAGUAAACCCUAUCCAACAACAGGUUCGGCCUGGUGGCCCAGCAAAUGGUAGCAUCCUAAACAAUCUGUCACAACAUCGACACUCUUUAACAGCAGCUACCUCAAUGGGACCUAACAUGGGAGCAACACCUAUACAAGUGCACAUGUCAAACAUGUUAUCAAGUGGCAUGACAUCAACCCCCGCUGUCAUAUCUUCUAUAUCUGGAACAGUACAGCCAAUUGGUGCUCAACAGUUGGUACAGAACACAGCUCUCGGUUCUUUUGGGUCAAACACUUCUACUGUAUCUGGUAAUUCAAAUAUUGCCGUAUCGUCUUCUUUGGCUAACAUACAAAGCAACAUGGCCAUGGGACAAUCAGUGCCUUCUAUGGCACAAGGUGGUUUGAUGGCUGGUUCACAAUCAGGACAAGGUGGAAUUGGUACGAACCAGAACAUGAUAAAUAACCUUGGCACUACAGCUAUCUCUUCUACGCCUACAAUGAUGCCAACGCCAGGAAUGGUCCAACAAACAGGAGUAAAUGCUCUUAGUGUGAACAACAGUUCUGCUAUGAAUAUGCCUAUGCCUCAACAUCCUAAUGGCCAGCAACCAUCGAAGUAUGUCAAAAUUUGGGAGGGAACUUUGUCUGGGCAAAGGCAAGGACAACCUGUAUUUAUUUGUAAACUUGAAGGUUAUAGGAGUGGAACAGCAUCUGACGCGCUUGCUUCAGACUGGCCAGAAACAAUGCAGAUCGUGCGCCUCAUAGCCCAAGAGCAUAUGAAUAACAAGCAGUAUGUUGGUAAGGCAGACUUUCUAGUAUUUCGGACAUUGAAUCAGCAUGGGUUCCUCGGACAACUACAAGAGAAGAAACUGUGUGCAGUGAUUCAGCUACCUUCACAAACUUUGCUGUUGUCAGUGUCUGACAAAGCUGGGCGCCUCAUAGGAAUGCUGUUCCCAGGGGAUAUGGUGGUAUUCAAACCACAGGUCUCGACUCAGCAGCCACAGAUGCAGCCACAGCAGCAGCAGCAGCUGCAACAGCAGCAGCACCAAAUACAGCAGCAACAGCAGCAACUACAGCAACUGCAACAGCAGCAACUACAGCAGCACCAAAUGCAAAUGCAGCCUCAAGGCCAGCAACUUCAGCAGCAGCAGCAGAUGCAGCAAAUGCAACAGCAACAACAACAGAUGCAGCAAAUGCAACACCAACAACAGCAGCAGCAGAUUCAACAGCAGCAGCAGAUGCAGCAGCAGCAGCAACAACAACAGCAACAGAUGCAGCAGAUGCAGCAGCAGCAGCAGCAACAGCCUCAACAACUCCAGCAGCAGCCCCAGAUGGUGGGUACAGGGAUGGGUCAGCAACAAUUCAUGCAGGGGCAUGGUCGGGCGGUGCAGAUGAUGCAAGGAAAGAUCGCGCCACAGGGCCCAGGCAACAUGUCUGGGGGAGGCUACCUAUCUUGAAAAUAUAGCGUGCUAGCAGGACACUCAUUGGGUUCAUGAUGCCCCUUGGAAAUUUGGUGGUAAAGUCUCCCACCCAACUAGUGUGGUGGUUUUGUGCUUAUGUACAGAGCAUUGCGAGUCUGUCUGCUGAGUGGGAGUUUGCUUAUUAUCCCAUGUCUAACCUGUAGUUGAUGUAUUCACCAUUCUAUUGGAUGGUACAUUAGAACAUCAUAUUUAGAGGAUCGAUUGGACCUAUAAACUGGAAUGAUUUGCUAAAGAUAAAGUUAAAUUUCCGCACUGUUGGAUUGAACAUGCA